AUGGCGUUACCUAUAAUCGCUGGAGCGGCCGGCACAGCAGCAAUCGCCGCCUAUCUCAACGCGAAACACCACAUUGUUCACGACCUCAAGAAUGCUCGCGGCGGCCUUUCACAAUCUCAGGAUAUCGUCGACUUCAUUACCGAUCGCGCUACCCGAAAGCGCGUUCUUACAUACCAUGUCUUCGAAGACCAAGUUCGCAAACAACCGAACCAUCCAUUUCUUAUCUUCGAAGGCAAGACGUGGUCGUACAAGAAGUUCUUCGAGGCGUUUACAAGAGUGGGAAACUGGUUGAUAGACGAAUUGGGUAUACAAGUGGAUGAGGUGGUUGCCAUGGAUGGGGGAAACAGUCCCGAAUACCUGAUGCUCUGGUUUGCCCUGGAUGCGAUUGGGGCUGUUCCAAGCUUCGUCAAUUGGAACCUGACUGGGACGGGAUUGGUGCAUUGCGCGAGGAUAUGCAACUCCAGGUUUCUCAUCACAGACGCCGACGUGAAGAGCAAUGUCGAACCGUGCCGUGCCGAUCUCGAGAAAACAGGGAUAAAGAUCCAGUACUACGAUUCAUCCUUCUUUGCAUCGUUAACAAAUUCGACACCCACACCAGAGUCCCGUCGCGAACACAUUUCCAUAGAGUCUAUCCGCACGCUCAUGUAUACUUCGGGAACUACCGGACUGCCCAAAGCCGUUGUUUUAAGCACUGGUCGCGAGCUCCUAACUGGUUAUAGUGUUGCAAAAUACCUGGAUCUCAAGCCGGAAGUCAGAAUGUACACAUGCAUGCCACUCUACCAUGGCGCUGCACAUGGACUCUGCGUAACACCGACAGUUCAUGCUGGCAGUACAAUCGUGCUAAGCCGAAGGUUUUCGCACAAGACAUUCUGGCCCGAGGUAGCAGCUUCAGAUGCAAACAUCAUCCAGUACGUUGGUGAGCUCUGCAGAUACCUACUCAAUGGUCCAGCAAAUCCAUACGAGCGGAGACACAAGGUGCAGAUGGCAUGGGGCAACGGUAUGCGUCCCGACGUAUGGGAACCCUUCCGCGAGCGUUUCAAUAUACCCAUCAUCAACGAACUAUAUGCGGCUACCGAUGGAUUGGGAUCGACGUUCAAUCGCAACGCUGGUCCAUUCACAGCAAACAGCAUUGGUCUCCGAGGUUUGAUCUGGGAUUGGAAGUUCAGCAAUCAAGAAGUUAGAGUGAAGAUGGAUAUUGAUACCGAAGACAUCAUGAGAGAUGCAAACGGCUUCGCAAUUCGAUGUGGAGUGAAUGAGCCAGGGCAGGUGCUACAUAGACUGACUCCUGAGACGGUGGCUAGUGCACCAGGUUACUAUAACAACGAGGGUGCAACACAGGAUCGGAGGAUCACUGAUGUGUUUGAGAAGGGCGAUAUGUGGUUCAAGUCCGGAGAUAUGAUGCGACAGGAUGCCGAUGGCCGUGUCUUCUUUGUCGAUCGCCUUGGUGACACAUUCCGUUGGAAAUCCGAGAAUGUGUCUACGAAUGAAGUAGCAGACAUGAUCGGCAAGUUCCCGCAAAUUGCUGAAACGAACGUGUACGGCGUACUUGUACCCGGCUACGACGGCAGAGCAGGAGCUGCAUCUAUCGUCAUGGCGGCCGGCGUUACUGAAGCGACAUUCGACUUCUCAGCAUUAGCGAGGCAUGCGAAAGCAGUCUUACCAAGCUAUGCUGUACCGUUUUUCUUGAGAGUAACACCUGCAUUGGAGUAUACAGGCACUCUAAAGAUCCAGAAGGGCAGAUUAAAGAAGGAAGGUGUAGACCCGGAUAAGAUUACGGGUGAGGAUAAGCUGUACUGGCUGCCUCCUGGAAGUGAUCGGUAUCUACCAUUCGCGAUGAAGGACUGGGAAGCCAUACUAGAGAAGAGGGUGCGUUUGACAUAG